GUCCAGCGGGGUUCGAGGGCUGUGUGAGACAGCACCGCUGCGAUGGCGUCCUAUUUCGAUGAACACGACUGCGAGCCGUUGGAUUCCGAGCAGCAGGCCCGAACCAAUAUGCUGCUGGAGCUCGCAAGGUCACUUUUCAAUAGGAUGGACUUUGAAGACUUGGGGUUGGUAGUAGAUUGGGAACAUCACCUGCCUCCACCUGCUGCCAAAGCUGUGGUUGAGAACCUUCCUAGGAGAGUCAUCAGGGGCUCUCAGGCCGAGCUCAAGUGCCCCGUGUGUCUUUUGGAAUUUGAGGAGGAGGAGACUGCCAUUGAGAUGCCUUGCCAUCACCUCUUCCAUUCCAGCUGCAUUCUGCCCUGGCUAAGCAAGACAAAUUCCUGCCCCUUGUGCCGCCAUGAGCUGCCCACUGAUGAUGACACUUACGAGGAACAUAGACGAGAUAAGGCUCGCAAGCAGCAGCAAAAGCACCGACUUGAGAACCUCCAUGGAGCCAUGUACACAUGAGGUGCCUGGGGCUGAGUACCAGUCCUCCACAUCUUUCUCUUGCACCUCAAAUCCUCAUUAAAAUUUUCUUUACCCACCCUG